UCAUUUUGAUUUUGUCAAAUGUAUAAAGAAUACUGACCUGUAUGAUUUAUUGCGCCAUCAUGGACAAUCUGAAAAAUGCCAAUGGUACAAGUAGCUCGAUCUGGGUCAAUAGAUUAACCUCUGUAGAAAAUAGAAUGAUUUCGAGAAGCAUGAUGUGUUAAUUCUAUUGCGCAUUUCUUCUCUAUUUCAUUGUUGAAAAAUACUUAAAUUCCAGACUCCGCAGGCUGUUGACUGACUUGGAAUUUCAUUCUUUGGACAGAGAUAGAGUAACAUUCAGUUUCAUGGUGUAAUCCAGAGAUGUUUUAUUGAGUGCAACAGAUUUUUUUGAGGAAUACUUCUUGGUGCAUGGGAAGCUUGUUACACUUUCUUGACGCUAACGAGGACAGAAUGGCUAGGAAAGUGGUUAUGCAUAAAAGGCUUGAUGGUGGCCUGGAGGCUCCUCGAAACAGUUUGGAGAUACCUUUGGAGACUUCCUAUAGCUUGUGUGCUGCGCGAGAGAGUAUUCCGUAUGCUUAUCACAAGAAAAAGGAGUCUGAGAAGAACUGCUAUUCGAAUGAGGCUCCAAUGAAGAAGUUAAUCAGUGAAGAGAUUUCUAAAAGACCAAACACCAGGCAAAAUGCACCAAGCAUAGUGGCUCGUCUAAUGGGCGUUGAUAUGUUACCAUUUGAUUCAAAACCAGCAUCAAAGGCUUCUGAAAUGAAGAAUGAAACUCCAGAAAGCAACUUCUUGAAAAAGCAUUGGUCAGGAACGAACUCAGGUGGUCGUGUCCCCUCAACCUCAAAUUCCUCUCUAGAAAUAGACUUUGGUUGCUUGGAGGAUAGUAUAAACAGAGAUCCUGAUCAGCUCAGAUGCAUGAGGUUGAAUAGGCCUAAACCCAGAGAACAUCCUCAAGAGGAGGAACUACAGAAGUUCAAGAAAGAAUUUGAAGCAUGGCAAGCUGCACGGUUUAAGGAAUGUUCAAAGAUUGCGGAAUUUGGCAGUUCUCCAAGCCAGUUGAUUGCACAAGAGAACCUCAACAGAGAAAAAAUGGUUCUUUAUGCAAACUCUGAAAGAGCCAUGGCUAGUGGGAGACUGAUGGAACCUGAGGAUCUUACAGUAAUACCAAGUUUGCACGAUAAAGGUACUUUAAAAGGCUGGAAAAAUGAUAGUGAAUAUUUUGCAGCUGAACACAAGGGGUCUCCAUAUUCAAGAAGAAUGUCAAGAACAGAUUUUAAGGCAUCUCCUCUGAUGAAUUCUGAUCAGAAACCUGAUAUUGUUUCUGCCCCCACCAAAAUUGUGAUUUUGAGGCCUGGUUUAGGUCCAGAGAGGAUGUGCAGUGGUGAAGAUUCAUGGAACAGUACUCCCAGUACAUCAGGAGAGAGAGGAAGUAUAGAAGAUUUGCUUGAGGAGGUGAAAGAAAGGUUGAAGUCUGAGCUUCAAGGUAAAAGCCCGAAAAGGAGCACAACAGUUAGGGGAGGAGGCAUUGAGACCCCUUAUCGGGAAAAGCCAUCAGAACCCAAACAAAUAGCUCAACGUAUAGCACAACAAGUCAGAGAGAGUGUUACAAGGGACAUUGGGAUGAAUUUACUUCGCUCAGAAUCUACAAAAUCUUAUAGAAGUGAAAUUCAGUUAAACGGAACUGGUUCUCCUGAUUUCAUAAAUGGAGAUACUAGGAGAUUCUUGGCAGAGAGGCUGAAAAAUGUUCUGAAGGGGGAAACACAUGGGGAAGUACCAAUGGUUUCCCAUAAUAGGUCAAGAUCGUCAACAUCAGAUUAUGAAAAGGGCAGAGCAGAACAUUCAAGAGAUAUCUGGAGUGGAAAUAGAAUGAGCUAUCAUCCUGGUGUUAAGAACGAACCAGAAAAGCGAAGUAGGUCUUUUAGACAGGAGCCUGAUGAUGUAAUGCUCCAUAAGGAACUAUCUCCUAGGAAUCUUGUCAGAUCUUUAUCAGCCCCAGUAUCAGGAACUUCAUUUGGAAAGCUCCUUCUGAAGGAUCGACAUAUACUGACAGGGGCUCAAAUCAGGAGGAAGCAUGAAGUCAUUGAAAAUGUUUCAAUGAACAUGAAGAAACGGAAGAAGGAAAAGUUCAACAUUAAGGAAAAGGUUUCAGGCUUUAGAUAUGGCUUAACACUUAGGGGGAAGCUAUUUCGGAGGAGGGUUCAGUCAGUAGAGGAAUUACGUCAAUCUAAACAUGACUGCAUGAAAGAUAUCAGAAGUCAACCAACAGUGACAAUGAGUUUGUAUGACAGAUAUGAAAAUUCCACUGAAGUGCCACCAAGCCCUGCGUCUGUGUGCAGCAGCAUUCACGACGAAUCCUGGAGGCAUGGAGAGUAUUUCAGCCCAACAUCGGCAUCAGAUGCACAUCAACUAGAUGACAGUGAGAUUCCUCAUGUUUUCAGAGAAAUAAACUCGAACUUGAGUGAGCUGCGGAGGCAACUAAAUCAACUUGAAGGCAAUGUUCCAGAAGAGACAACUUAUGAGCAGCCCAUUGAAGUUGAAAUGGAGAUAGAUAACCAUGAUGAAGCCUAUGUGAGGGAUUUACUUAUUGCUGCUGGCUUGUAUGAUGGUUCAUUCAAGAGAUCUUUAUCAAAAUGGGACCCGCAUGGUAAGCCUAUUAGCAACCAAGUCUUUGAAGAAGUAGAAGAAUCUUAUAUACAAAAGAGCAAGGAUGGUGAAGGGUGCACAGAAGAUGAUGGCGAAAAUUUGGGUCACAAGAUGUUACUUGACUUAUUAAAUGAAGUGCUUCCAGCUGUACUGAGACCACCAAUGAACAUGUACAGGUAUAUGAAUAAGGCUAUUAGUUCUGUGCCACAAACCCCACAUGGAAGGAAUCUACUAAAUCGAGUAUGGGAAAUUAUUCGAUUGUGUUUAUAUCCUCCAGCAGAUAAAUCCUUUUAUGCUCUUGAUGGCAUGCUGGCCCGGGAUUUGAUGUCCAACCCAUGGUGUGGAUUGAUGGAGGAUGACAUUAAUGCUCUGGGUAAAGAUAUUGAAUGUCAGAUCAUAGGAGAUCUGAUUGAUGAAAUGGUGAAGGAUGUGAAGUCAUAACUCUUAGGAUCUUUUUCAUGGAUACCUUGAGAACAUUCUUGCGCUUAGAUAAUUGGACUGUUCGAGAUACGUUGAAGAAGCUUUUAGAGCAUGAAAGGGAUUGACAGUGCACGAUUGUUCUAAUGGGAUUAGGAUAGACUAGGUAUAGAAGAGAUUUACAAAGAAGAUUGUGUGUGGAUGUUGUGUGCUUUUCAUGAAUUGCUUGCAUAGGAUUCAGUUGAUAUGGAGUUUAUCUGUACAAUAGUAAUUUUAUGUUUAUUCAUCUUAUAGCUUCAUUCAUUGUCGAUUUGUAAGUGAAAUAUGACGAUCGUGAUAUGGCACAUAAGUGUCGCAGUGUGGGAAACUUUUUCGUUUUCCUAUAAAAGAUGAGUAGGUUUUAUUGUUUAAUGAAAGGCCUUAAAUAUUAUGAAG